AAUAGAAACAAUGCUUUGAGUACGAAAAAGAUUUGCUGGACUAUUGUAACAUACCUGAUAAGUUUAUUCGUUUUUUAAUUGGUCAAUGAUCUUUUAUUUUAAACAAUAAUAAUUCAAUAACAAAGCAAGAAUUUUAGAAAAGUAAAAAAGUUGUUUGAAAUCACUUCAACAAUCACUUCAAUAAUUAAUCUUUAGUUAACUUUUAGAAUUCUGAUAUAAUCUUUUUCUAAUUUAUAUUUUAAUAUCAAAUAUUUUCUGUUGUUAUUUAUUCAAAAUAAGAAUACGAAAAAAUAAUAUAUAUAUUAUAAAAUAAUUUAGAAAAGUUAUCUAAAAUUAUUUUAUAAUUUAAAAUAAUUAAAAUAUUUUUUAAUGUGUAUAUUUGUCAAUUUUAAAUAUGAUAUUUAGUAGAAUGCACUUGAAAAUUUUAAUUAAUAUUUAUAAUAAUAAAUUUAUUUUAAAAUAUAAUACAACACCAAAGAUUUUAAAAUUGUUUCUUACACAAAAUCUACGUGAUAUUUCUACAUUUUGUGAAAAUAAUGUUUUUGAAGAACAAUUAAAAGAAGUUUUUAAAUUUAAAAAUAGUAAUGUUAGUAAUUGGAUUAUUGAGAAUAAAGCUCGUACUUUAUGUAAUGCAUAUCAAGAAAGUAACAAAAAAGAUAAAGAACAAAUUCUACGUAUUUUAGCAUUUAGAUAUGCUGUUGAACAUACUGUUGUAUGUAAUGUAGCAGAAAAAUAUGUAUCUACAGAGUCUGAUAAUAAAAGACGUAUGAUUUCUUAUGAACGAAAUUUAAGAAAUGUUUUAACACCAAAUUAUCAAUGGUUGUUUAUUAUGAUUGGAAGACUUGAAAAUGGUGUGAAAUUUCUUGUUGAUUUAAGGACAGAUAUAUUAGAAUUAAUAUUAAAAAUUAAAGAUACAGAUGAAAGUAUUGCAAUACAGCAAUUGAAUAUUACCCUACGAGAUUUAUUAUUACUUUGGUUUUCAGUAGGAUUCUUAUAUUUAGAAAGAAUUACAUGGCAAACUUCAUGCGAUAUUUUACAAAAGAUUUCAGAUUAUGAGGCAAUACAUCCUAUAAAAAAUUGGUUAGAUUUAAAACAAAGAGUUGGACCAUAUAGAAGAUGUUAUAUUUUCACUCAUUUAUCUAUGCCACGAGAACCUCUUGUUGUAUUACAUACAGCAUUAUGUGAUAUUAUACCUGAUAGUGUAAAAGAUAUUGAUGAAGCAAAAGUCAGAAUUCUUGGUAAUCUAAAAAAAGAGAUAACAUUUUUAGAAGAAGAUAAAAACAAAAUAAAAACUGCAAUAUUUUAUUCAAUAACUUCCACACAGAAAGGAUUACAAGGUAUUGAACUUGGUAAUUAUUUAAUAAAAGAAGUGGCAAAAGAAGUGAUAUCAGAAUUUCCUAUGAUUCAUGAAUUAUCUUCAUUAUCACCAAUACCUAACUUUAGAACAUGGUUUUUAGAAAAAAUAAAACAAGAUAUAUGUAAUAUUUUCACAAAUGAAGAAUGUAAUUCUAUACAAGAAAUUUUAAAAGAAAAAGAUAUAACUUUUGGUUUAAAAAAAAUUUUAAAUAAUUCAUUAUGGACUCAAGAUAUUAAAAUAUGCGAAGUUUUAAAAAAGCCAUUACUUCGAGCAUGUGCUUGGUAUUUAUAUAAAGAAAAAAGACGAAAUUAUGCUUUAGAUAGUGUUGCAAACUUUCAUCUUCGUAAUGGAGCUGUUAUGUGGAGAAUAAAUUGGUUGGCUGAUCCUUCACCACGUGGUGUUGGAAACAGUUGUGGAAUUAUGGUAAAUUAUAGAUACUAUUUACAUGAAUGUGAAAAACAUAGUCAAACUUAUAUUGAAAAUUAUUUUAUAAAUGCUUCUGAAGAUAUAAUUAAUCUCUCAACACAGUAUAAAAAAUUAUAAAAAAAAUUUUAUAAUUUUAAGAAGGUAUCAAAAUUCUUUCCAAAAUUAUUUUUUUAUGAGAAAUAUAAAAAUAAUGAAAUUGUAUAAUACAAGAAAAUAUAUAUUUCAAGUAAUGAUAGUGUGAUUUAAUCAGAAGUUAGAAAUGGAAUUGAGUCAUAUGUGAAAAUUUAAUGUAAUAAAUUAAUUUCUUAAAGCUAAAAUUUACAAAUGAAUAUUAUCGAUAUAAAAAGAUAAAAAUAUUUAAUAUAAAUCAAAUAUAAUAUAAAAAUUUCUUUUAUUUCAUAAUUUGUUAUCAAUUAAAUUAUACUUUACAUCAAAUGAUAUUAUUAGAGAACUUAGAAGUAAAAUACAUUGAAAUUUAAUUUAUUUUAUUCUUAUUUGAUUUUUUAUUUAUAUAAAAAAAUUUUAUUUUAUAUUUCUCAAAUAAUAUAUAUAAUAUAAGAUUGAUUAUCAUGUAAUUCAUGUUUAUUAAAAAUUUUGUAAAUUAAAAUUUUAAACAAAGAUAUUUUUAUGAUAUUUGCUAUUUCAAUUCAAUAUUUUUUAAAGAUUUUGUACAUAUAAAAAUUUACAUUAAUGUAGCUUAUUAAUUUUGAUAGAUAAUAAAAACAAAUUAAUAAAAUUUAAGAAAAAAUAAAUACAGUAUGAAAAAUUAUGAAAAUAAAUUUGUUUUUUAAAAAACAGUUCAUUUACAUUCUUAAUUACAUAGGUACAAAAUAAAUGAUCAUAUACAUAAAGAUUUUAUGAACAUAUUGUAUUUUGAGUUGCCUAAAUGUCAAAAUUUAGUUCAGUACUACUUAUUAUUUUUAUUAUAUACACUGCUAAAAUCAUAAUGAUCAUUAUAUCAUUGAAAAGUACAUUAUUCUAUAUAUAAGCAUCUAAAUAUUUAACACAUAGGAUCAUGUAUCAAAAUCAUUUGUCAAUAUCAAAUACAUUAGACUCACUUCCAUUUCUAAUUGAGUCAGUGAUUAAAGAACUUCAUUUCUGUACUCUUCAAAUUUUAUAUUUUUAUUAAAGAUUAUUAAAUUUGUUCAUUUAUACAAUAGCUGUUUCCUGUCCAACUUAAAGACAGUACAAUGGUCUGCAAGCAGAUCUACAACAAAAAAAAUUUUUAAUAAAAAUAUUUAUAACUGUUUUUAGAUACAAUUUAACAAAAAUAAUAAUUAAAUAAGAAAUUACAUUUUUAUAAAUACCUGUAGUCAAGGCUGGGUUUGAUGAAAAUUUGUGGGAAGAUGAGGUCUACUUUCUAGUUUUGUAUAAUCCAAAUGAAAUUCUUUUGCUACUUUUCUCCAACUUUGCGCAUCAAAAUAAUAAUAAGUACCACGUUCA